AUUUACAAUGUAAACAAUUUGGGUUGUCAACAACAUGAUUACUUUUUAGAUAUGAUCACAAAUUGAAUAAUGAAAAUCGAAAUCAAUAUUUUUAAUUACACGAAUCAAAUAGAAAUCCUGAAAAUGUCACUUUUGACAAAAUAAAAAUGUGUUGUCAGUAGUUUAUAAAAUGUUUGUGUUCGUGGAACAGUAGGUUAUGUGGUAAAGCAAAUUAAUCGUUAAAAAACUUAUUGGCAAUAAUAAUAAUUUAGUUAUGAGCGAUUCUGAUGAUACGGAGGAGUUAUUAUUGAUGACACCACAGAUUGAUGAUCUUGUUAUAGAAGAACCUCACGUACCCUACUACGAUAUUGUUGACAAACUCAUUACUCAAGUAUCCAAGUUGAAAAGUAAAAUAAAAAGUAUUGAAAAUUCGUCUGAUGUCAGUUUAGGAUCUGUAUCUAAUUCAAUUGACACUUUUCUUAACAUGCAGAGCAGUGACUCCAGUAAUGCAUGUAGAAGGUGCUUCAGUUAUGAAAGCUUGCCUCAAGGAUCAGAAUAUCGAAGGAGUACACUACCCCCAUGUUUCAGCACACAAAGUACUCCACAAAAACCUAGAAGCAAGUUGAUGCUAAAAUCAUUUCCCAAUUCGCCGAAGUAUGAUGAUGAAUUGAAACUUUUCAAAAAACCAUACGCAAUGGGAGCACCUCGAACCAAGAUUAAUGAAGGGGAUCGCCUUGCAGGGACUGAAGAUCAGAACCAACCUUUGGUAGAAGAAAGCAAUAUUAUUGAAGAAAUAGACAAUUUUUUAUCUAAUGUCAAGCCUAGGAAAACAGAUGUAGUUAGAACUCUGGAUUUUGGAAAUCGUUUAAAUGAAAAGGUACAAAAGCAGAACAAGAAUGUAGUUGAUGUUCAUCAGAUUUUGAGAGAAAUGGAUGAACAGGAGGCUAAAAUCAAAAACAUGUAUGAUAAUAAAACUGGAACGAUUUCUUCAAACUCCUCGGAAAAGAACACUGGAUACCAAACACCACUUGAUUGGAAAAAAGGUAUUGAGACUUUAAGUGUGUCAUCAACAGAUUCUUCUUCUCCAACAGAUAAAUCCACUGUUCUUUAUCAACCAGUUGGAAGAAAAAAUGAAACAAAGAAUGUAUCUGAAAAUGGAAAGAGAAUAAAUAAUGAGCCAUAUAGGUUCAAUUCAGAUCAUGUUAUGAACAAACAGAGUGUAUUAGAACGAAAACCUUCUAACACUAGUAUUAAUGAUACUGAUCGAACUGUAACAGAGAAUUACAGUACCAGUAGCAAUUUUACUAGGAAGAGCUUGUCCUCACCUCAUUGUGAUAUUAAUUCCACCGCUAAGGAUAUGCUGAGUAUGCAUAAGAAAUUGUUGGACGAGAGUCAUUCUCCUGAGUUUAGUAGCUAUCAUGAUCCUACAAGAAAACUUAUGAAGCCAGAUAGUAAUCAAAGGCUGGGUAGCGUUAGUUUGAUUAAUUUAUGGAGUAAUGAAAAAAAAGAGGCAGAGUCAAACUCAGAGAAAUGUAUUCAAAGACUUCAAGAAGAAAAAUUGAGGCGAACACACUGUGAAGAACUGAUUCAGCAAUUACAGAAUAAAAUAUUAGAACAGCAAGAAAAACUUGCUGUUGCAAUUCAAGUGGAUGAAGCUAAAGACAAUGCUAUUUUAAGGUUUCAUGAUGCUUGGGAGAAAGCUUCCAUGAAAUUCAAGUUGGUGGUGAAGGAGAGGGAUCAACUUGAACAGGAUGUUCAAAAACUAGCUUCCCAAAAUAAGCAAAUUGCUGAAGAAUGUGAAGAGAGGAUUGAUUUUCAUAGGAAGGAGACAAAUCAAGCUCUCAACAUACUUCAUGAACAUAAAAUUAGACUUGAAGAGUUAGAUAAAAAAUUCGAAGAAAUCAGAGCAGAAAGUGAAGCAUUAAGAAAUACAAAUCAAGAUCUAGAGUCAAAACUAGGAAAUGAAGAAGAGAAAAAUAAACUUUUAUCUAAUAUACUAGCCAACAAAGAACUAGAGUUAAAUGAGUCUAAGAAUAUAUUACUACAUGCCAAAAAAGAAGUUUCCCAGUGUCAAACAGCUGUUGAAAUGUGCCAAAAAGAUUUUGCUACAGUAAAAACGGAGUAUGAUCUGAUACAGGAAGAAAUAAAGGAAGAAAGGCGAAAUGUAUCACAGUUACAUGAACAGAAUAAAUCGCUGCACGAAGAAUUGGAAGCUCAAAAGAAAAAGGAGAAAUCGUUGAUGGACAAUCUGAAAGAACUCCAGGACAAGCUGGAUAGUAACAAGAAAGAGUUGAGAAACUUCUAUCAAGGUCAAGUAGAACUUUUAGUUCAAAAUAAACUCAAAGAAUUCCAAACGCAGCUAGAUGAUGCAGAACAAAAGAUGAAAGAACAGCUUGAGAAGAAAGAAUUGGAGAUUGCUAAAUCUGCAGCAUUGCACAUACAGCAAAUAAAUGACAAGUAUACUUUGGAAAUUAACCUAAUCGAGCAGAAACACCAAGAAGAGAUGCAGUUGAAACAAGUAAAAAUAGCUCAGCUUGAGCAGAGGCUUUACGAUAUGCAGUUGAAGUGUGAACGUCAGCAAGACAAUAGGUCAGACCUCAUUAAACAGCUACAGAAGGUCAUGGAGGCACAGUGGUCGGAAGCUUUGCGUAUCAUAAACACCGGAAAAAGCCCAGUUUCUUAUGAUGAUAGUUCUAGUACCAUUGAUCAACUUCAUUCCCUUCAGUCCAAGUCGUACCAAAACAUGGAGGCCUUGUUAAACCAAGAUUUCGAAGAUAAAUCAAGAAACCAACAUGCUGCACAGUCUGAUAGAAGAAACCAUCAUAAAAAAGAAAACCAAGGUCAAAGGAAUGCACAGCCAGCAAAAAGUAGGGGUAGUAAGCCGCAAAAUGAUGACCAUCUUCAAAGAUACAUCAAUUUGCUGCUGCACAAACAGGCUGGUAAUCCAACAGAGAGUAAGGAGAAAGCAAGUCCUCCAAAGUUUUUCAAUGAACAACCUACGACUGAUAACUCUAUGUGGCAACAAACUGAAUCAGCACAAUUUGUCUCGGAUUUACUUGAGAGUCAGAAUCAAAAGGAAAUCAACAGAAAAAAAACUUGGAAAUGAUGUUUAACAUAGUUUUGUACAAAUUUAUUAAAUUUUUUAAUGUG